UUGACCGUACUUGCUUUUCUUUUAGUUGGCAUUUUCCAUGCGCAUUCACAGGUUUUUGCUCACUCAGGUCUCCAUUGCCAAGGUGGUCCUCGGGGUUCUUGGACUGGUUGGUGUUGUUGUUCUGAUCACAGUACCCACCGUGAUUUAUCUAAAAGAGGACCAGGAUGGAUCCACGGACAGGAAGUUUUUCACAUUGGCGGACGUGUUCAACAGUGACCUCAAACCCAAAUCUUACAGCAUCAGAUGGAUCUCUGAUGACGAGUAUCUGCAGCGUCGAGAAGGCUCCGUCUAUCUCCAUAAUGUGACCACGGGACAGUCCUCCAUGUUCUUAAGUGCAGACACAUUUACCGAAAAAGGCGCUUCUGACUACCAGCUGUCUGCUGACCGCAGAUAUGUGGCACUUCUAAGUAACCGCCGCAUGGUGUGGCGGCAUUCAUUCACAGCGUCGUACUCGCUUUACGAUCGCACUUUGAACAAGUUUGUAGAAGCUAACAAUCUACCUGAAGAAAUCCAAUACUUGGCUUGGGCGCCUGCAGGGAACAAACUGGCCUUUGUUUGGAAAAAUAACGUGUACAUAAAGACCAGCCCAGAUUCAGAGCUCCACCAAGUGACAUUGGACGGCAAGGAGAAUCAGAUUUUAAAUGGAAUUCCUGAUUGGGUGUAUGAAGAGGAGAUGUUCUCAUCCAAUCAGGGCCUGUGGUGGUCCCCAGGAGGAAAAUAUGUGGCCUAUGUCCAGUUCAAUGAUACAGAGGUCCCCAAUGUGGAGUUCUCCUGGUACGGGGAUAGUCAGUAUCCCAGUACUGUUUCUAUCCCUUACCCAAAGGCAGGUUCCCCAAACCCAGUGGUGAAGCUGUUUGUUGUGGACACAGAUAACACAACAAUUAUCACCGAAGUCCUCGUUCCGGAACCCUUCAGCUCACAGGAGCACUACUUGGCCACAGUGACUUGGGGGACGGACCAGCGUCUUGCCAUCCAGUGGCUACAAAGGCUCCAAACCCACCUCAUCCUUCAGAUCUACGACCUCAAGGACCUCACCUGGGUCCCAGUUGAGCGUCUGGACGUGGAAAGCUCCUCUGGUUGGAUUGGACGGUUUUCUCCAUCAGAUCCAUUUUUUUCUGAAGAUAAGAUGAGUUAUUACUUGUUGAUGAGUGACUCCAAAGGCUACAAGCACAUCCAUCACGUGGUCGAGGGCAACGCUACGCCGAUUACCAAAGGAGAAUGGGAAGUUGUUGCCAUUCAGAAAGUAACUGCAGAUAGUGUAUAUUACUCUAGCAACCAAGAGGGUGGAAAACCAGGAGGCAGGAACAUUUAUCGAUGGACCAAGGGGGAGGUCACGUGUCUAACUUGCAAUUUAAGCAGUGACAACUGCCAGUAUAAUUCUGCUUAUUUCAGCCACAAUGCACGAUUCUACCUCAUGAGGUGCAAUGGUCCUGGCAUUCCGUACAGCUCUCUUAUGGAUAACAAGGGAGGCAAAGAGCUUCAACGCUUGGAGGAUAACAGCAAAUUCAGCCAACUGAUAGCCGACAUCCAAAUGCCCACCAUGCGUCGCGGAACUGUCAAGAUUGCUGGUUACAAGCUCUGGUACCAGAUGUUUUUGCCACCAGACUUUGAUGAAUCCAAGAAGUACCCCUUAUUGCUGGAUGUGUAUGCUGGUCCCUGCAGCCAGAAGGUAGACUUUACCUAUAGAGUGAGCUGGUCCACUUACCUGGCCAGCACAGAGAAAAUCAUCGUCGCCAGCUUUGAUGGGAGAGGCAGUGGUUACCAAGGCGACAAGCUAAUGCACGAAAUCUAUAAACGUCUCGGAUCCUAUGAGGUGGAAGAUCAGAUAACAGCAGCCAGGGAAUUCAUCAAAAUGGGAUUUGUGGACAAAGAUAGAGUUGCAAUAUGGGGAUGGUCUUAUGGCGGAUAUGUGGCUUCCAUGGCCUUGGGAUCCGGAAGUGGAGUCUUUAAAUGUGGAAUGGCAGUUGCUCCGGUCUCCAAAUGGGAAUAUUAUGAUUCCAUCUACACCGAACGGUACAUGAUGAAGCCAAUUGACAAUCAAUUAGCCUACACUAACGCAACAGUGACUGCACGGGCCAAAAACUUCCAUGCCGUGCAGUAUCUGCUGGUUCACGGAACAGCUGAUGACAACGUGCAUUUCCAGCAGGCAGCUGAGAUCUCUGAAGCUCUGGUAAAGGAGCAGGUGGACUUUGAAGCAAUGUGGUACACGGACAAGAACCACGGGCUUUCUGGUUCUGCGUAUCAGCACGUCUAUACCCACAUGAGUCACUUCCUACAGAGGUGCUUUGCAUAAAGUUGACUGGAUCAGCACUCCAGAACUCCUGCGGCUCGCACAAAGCAGACUGCACAUCACACGUUUACCUGUUUAAAUGAUGUACUGUCAUUUAAAUGGAGGCCGACAUUGCAGCAUUAAUAGCAAAAAAAAAGUUAAAAACAGCACUCCACAACUAUCUACCCAGUCAAAGAAACAAUAACUAAUUGUGUGACCUUAAAAUCAAUUGGAUGCUACACCAGUUUGUAUUUAUAAUCUCUGAUGUUGCCAUGGUUGCCCAGAUACCCACUUUAGUGGGCUAUAAUA